GUUCUGAAGAUUAUUGUGUUCAUUGUGGGCUUUUAGGGGCCACGAAAAAGUUAACUAAAUGCUAGGCCCAAGCCUAUACAACAUUCAGCGCGAUAACACACCCCGGAAUCAGAAACUGACCACCGGAAACUCCGGCGCCGCCGUCAGAGUUCGAGCUGCAGCACAAACACAGACGCUCUAGCUUAGCUACAGCCGGCGCCGCCGGGAACCUGUCUCAGAAGAAGUAUAGUACAGUCUAUAGGCACCUAUUAGUGUCCUGAAUUUGAGCUUCUUUCAUCCGUCGAAUCAUAACAAGGUUCUAUUUCGCGUACUUCCAGGCUCCAGGAAUGGAAUGAGAAGAAGUGCACCGGAAAAUUAGGUUUCAGCGAUUUGACCUCUGGAUCAUCCGAACAUGGAUUCCCGCUGUUUCAUAUCCGAUUUCCAUUCGAAUUCCGUUUUCUCACCACCAGUUCCAAAAGCCCUCAAUAAACCCUUCCUCGCUCUGCCUUGUUGCUGGUCCGCUCGAGCCCACCGCUGGCUCUACUUCGAAGACGCCCAAUUUUCAGCUUCUCCGAGGACAACAAAGAACCGGUUUUUACCAAAUCUGGAAUGCAUUAACAUUAGGGCGAGUCGGGAAUCAAUCAAGAAUUCUGCCGAAGAGAAGAAGAAGAAGAAACCAGGGGUUGCGAAGAAAAAGUUAGCAGUUUUUGUAUCUGGUGGAGGGUCGAAUUUCAAAUCGAUUCAUGAAGCUUGUGUCGAGGGAUCCGUUCAUGGUGAAAUUGUUGCUUUGGUCACCAAUAAAACGGACUGUGGAGGUGCUGAGUAUGCCAGAAACAAAGACAUCCCAGUUCUUCAGUUCCCUAGAACAAAAGAUGGUGCGGAUGGAUUAUCCCCAACUAGCCUUGUGGAUGCUCUCAGGAACUUUGAAGUUGAGUUUGUGCUCUUGGCUGGGUUUCUAAAGCUUAUACCAGUGGAGUUGAUCAGGGCUUAUCCUCGUGCCAUACUAAAUAUCCAUCCAUCGCUUCUUCCGGCUUUUGGGGGAAAAGGGUAUUACGGGAUGAAGGUGCAUAAAGCGGUCAUUAGCUCUGGUGCAAGGUACUCAGGUCCGACAAUUCACUUUGUUGAUGAGCACUAUGACACUGGGCGUAUCCUUGCUCAAAUGGUCGUCCCAGUUCUUUCAACUGAUAGUCCGGAGGACCUAGCUGCCAGAGUUCUGAAAGAGGAACAUAAGCUAUACAAAGAAGUGGUCGCUGCACUAUGUGAAGAAAGGAUAGUGUGGAGGGAAGAUGGUGUUCCUCUCAUUCAAAGUAGACAGGACCCCAACCAUUUCUGCUAGCUGCGAGAACUGGGUUUUCCGUGCAUCUAGUUUAUCAAACCUGCGUUUUCCGUUUCAGUUUUGGGUGAAAAUGAACUUUCAUGUUUUGUACUUGUGUUAUUCAUCGAAAAUGUAGUUAAAAAUUAGAUUACAAAGGCUCGUUCAGGUGUCAGACUACGUCCACCGGUAAUAGACGAUUUUGGCCUAUUGGACAUAAGCUUGUGCCUCACAUCACCAAAUGCGGCAACAUUUAGGUCUCCAAAAUUAGAUUCCAGCUCCAGUUUUGUAUAGAUGGUAUAAAGCUACAUGUUUAGCUAACUGAAGCGAGAAUUAGAC